UCCCUCCCUCACGCGACCUCUACUCCCCCCCGCCUAGCCGGCAGACCGCAACGCGUCCCCGCGCGAGUCAGUCGCCGCGACUCGGCGGCGCGCCAGCGACGCUAACCUACCCGCCCACCUGCCUACCCUACCCAACCUCCCCCUCCAGGGCCCGGGAGCGCGCUAGACGGCUCCGCGGCGGCGCCGGCAUCUGGCGCGCAGCGGCGUCGCGGCUUACGCGUCGGGGGGGUCAUGGGCCCAGGUGCACCAGCAAGCCAGCCACUUAAGGAGAAGGGAAGGGCGGGUGAUCUGUGUUGGGUUGGCCCGGCUAGCGGCUGGCUGGCUGGGAGAGAGAAGAAUCCUGGAAUCGGCGCACGGAUUGUCAAGAUAGCACGGCCGGUCGGAAUUCUGCUGCGAGAAUAUGAUAUAGCGCGCACCGCUGUUCGUGGCUAUUUGCCUGUCUGCCUGCCUGAUCUACCGCCGGCCUACACGCCCGAGACAUCGGGGGACAGAUGUAUAAUAUGUACAGCUGGGCAAGUUAAGAACCUCAAGGCGAACCCGCAACCCGCUUCAGUCCGCUUCCAUGCGACCCCGUCCCGAUCAUCACACGGACCGUUCCACCCACGCCGACACCCACGCCGCCUUCACGUAAGAAACCCAUCGUGCCCUCACUCUGCUCCCGUGAACCUAGGAUUGGCGGGGGGGCGGGAGGAAAGAAACGAAGGCAGAAGGCGAAUAGUUGUUAGCAAUAAAAAGAUCAUACGGAUAAAAUUAGCGAUGAUGGUAGGCUUAGCAAUGUGCCGAUUUCAUAAAAGAAAGAAAAAGAAAGAGAAAUAUAGGUAUCUGCGCAAAGACACAAAUGACAACCUCAACCGUAAAAUUCCCCUUAUAUCUCGCUCCGGCCGCGAGCUCGGAUCACAGCGGCGGGUACCCCUUACAGACGGAUCGACAGGCGAUAGUGCCGGGAUGAAACCUAGUCGUGAGUUAGGAACGGAAUGGGGAGGCCUCUCUCUCUUUCUCUCUGUCUCUGCUUCAAAGCAGUAGAGAGUGAUAAUAGUAAGCCGUAGCCCGGAAUGCCCUUCCUACCCCUACUCCCCCUUACCAUUUCUUUUCUUGCCUUCUUUGCCUAUCCAUGCCCAUUUUACUACUUGCUGCUCCUUUUUGAUCUUCCUUUCCGAUUUCU